AUGGGUAAAGGUCGCCGCAUGAAGAAGCAGGGCCCUCCGGCCCCGCUGGAUGAGUCGAAAAUCACGAUGCUUAAGAAACGCAAGACCGACGACACACCUGCGCAAUCAAAGGCGGAAGCGGGAAAGAAGCGAAGACGCACCGAUGAGGAAGACGCCGUGAAGGAAGUUCCGGUCAAGACCAAGAAGGACAAGGCCAAUGGAGUUGCCAAUGGGAAGGAGAAGAAGGCUGCUGUUGCCGUUGCACCCGCUAAGAAGGAUAAGAAGCCCAAGAAGCAGCCGGAGCCAGAACCCGAAUCGGAGGACGAGUGGGAGGACGAGGAUAUGUCGGACAUUGGCGAUGCUGAAGAGAUGGAUGAGGAUGAGUUUGAGGAUCUGGAUGGAGUUAGUGAUGGCUCUAUGGAUAGUCAGGGAGAGGGCGAGUUUGGGUUUGGCAGUGACGACGACUCAGAUUCUGUGGUCGACUCAGAUGACGAUGAUCACCCACGGCAAACAAUGUUCUCGGAUGAUGAGGACCUUUCAGAUGCGGAGGAGAAGCUGACGGCGGCUAACAUCGAGGGUCUAUCCCGAAAGUUGGACGAGCAAAGGCAGCAGGAAGAAGAGGAGGCUGAUCUCGAGAUGCAGGAAGCUGCGAUGCAGACGAACAUUGCUGGUGACAGUACGGACGUUUUCGAGGGUGCAGAGGGAGAGGGACUGGCUCCUAACCUCCAGUUGCUCCGCACAAGGAUCACAGAGACGAUUCGCAUCUUGGGCGACAUGAAGACGCUCGGUAAGCCUGGCAAGUCCCGCGCCGAUUAUACUCAGCUCCUCCUCAACGACAUCUGCACUUACUACGGAUACACCCCAUUCCUCGCCGAAAAGCUCUUCAACCUCUUCACCCCAAUGGAGGCCUUCGCCUUCUUCGAAGCCAACGAAACUCCCCGUCCUGUCGUCAUCCGUACCAACACCCUUCGCACCAACCGACGAUCUCUCGCCCAGGCGCUGAUCAACCGUGGUGUCGUUCUCGAGCCUGUCGGAAAAUGGUCCAAGGUCGGUUUGCAGGUCUUCGAGUCCGCCGUUCCCCUCGGUGCUACCCCGGAAUACCUCGCAGGUCACUACAUUCUCCAAGCCGCAUCCUCCUUCCUCCCCGUUAUGGCUCUCGCCCCUCAAGAGAACGAACGUGUUCUCGAUAUGGCUUCCGCCCCCGGUGGUAAGACCACAUACAUAUCCGCCCUGAUGCGCAACACUGGCUGCGUCAUCGCCAACGAUGCCAGCAAGCCCCGUGCAAAGGGUCUGAUCGGUAACAUCCACCGUCUCGGCUGCAAGAACACCAUCGUCACCAACCUCGACGCCCGUACCGCAUUCCCCAAGGCCAUGGGUGGCUUUGACCGCGUCCUCCUCGAUGCCCCUUGCACAGGUACUGGCGUUAUCGCCAAGGAUCCCAGCGUCAAGACCAACAAGAACGAGCGCGACUUCCUCGCCAUCCCACACAUGCAGCGCCAGCUUCUCCUCGCCGCCAUCGACUCCGUCAACCACGCCUCCAAGACCGGCGGCUACAUCGUCUACUCCACUUGCAGUGUGACAGUCGAAGAAAAUGAAGCCGUAGUCCAAUACGUCCUGAAGAAGCGACCCAACGUCAAGCUCGUCGAGACCGGUCUCGGCGACUUCGGUACCCCCGGUUUCACCCACUACAUGGGCAAGCACUUCGAUGCAAAGAUGACCAUGACAAGACGCUACUUCCCGCACCGCGAGAACGUCGACGGUUUCUUCGUCUGCAAGCUCAAGAAGACUGGUCCCUCGCCCACCCAGAAGGCUGGUGAGAAGGACGCCAGCGCCGCUACCAACGGCACCGCCAGCAGAGCCAAGUCGACAACCCCGGCCACAAGCGACGAUGAAGUCGUCGACAAGACACCCAUCACCGAGGAAGACGGCACCACUCCUGGCGAGGGAUUCGGUCCCUUUGACGAGAACGACGAAGAAGACAAGGAGCGCAUCCUGCGCGCUGAGCGCAACCGUCUCCGUCGCAAGGGUCUCAACCCUAAGGGUGUGCUAAACAAGCCCAAGAAGACUGCGGCACCAAAGACAGAUUCGGAGUCCGAGUCAACGCCGAAGAAGACCAAGAAAUCCGAGGACUCACCGGCUGAAAAGUCCGAGCUUAAGCCCGAGCAACAGGAGAAGCAGGCCGACUCCGAGAAGAAGAAGGAAAAGAAGGAGAAGAAGAAGCCCACUACGAAGACUCAACAAGUAGAUCUAGCCCCUUCUUCCACCCCGCCCUCUAACCAAGAGCAGGAGAAGAAGCAGACUAAGGUUAAGACUACGAAGACGUCUGAUAGCCCUGGGAAGGAGAAGACGAAGAAGAGCAAGGGACAAGGGAAAGUUAAGGGUAAGGGAAGCAAAUAA